UGCUAGUUUAUCACCUGAGGUUCAGCAAGAAGGGCACCUGUUCAUUUUGAAACUUUUGUGAACCUGUGAAUAUAUCUCUAAAGAGAGACAGCUUAAUAUCCUAUAUUUUGUCAAGAAAUAUUUAGGUUGAAUGUAAACUUUUGUGUCACAUAUAAUCAAGAACUUUACUCAAAGGCCCGUUUGAUCUUAUUCGCUGUGUGAGAUUUCUCAGAUACUGACUUUCGAUCAAAAGGGACAUAUUUUUCUUGUGAAAAGGAAAACCAAAAAAAAAAAUCUACCCUGUUCUGGGCAUUUGCUUAACCUAAGUCAAUCUGUCAUUUAAACUCGCCAUGAAGUACAGGGACAGGUUCCUGCCAUUUAGUUUUUCGCGGUUUAAACUUUAGCCGUUUGUAACCUUUCGUGGGAGUGGUGUUUUGUGUUUUUGGCAGCGAGCGAAGUAAAUUCUCCUGAGACACUGACUCGGCUCGAGGUGGGGAUUCUGCUGGAAGUUGUGGAUUUCAACCAGUAUCAAUCAUGUCUGAAGAUAUGAAAGAGUCAGGUGGCACAGGGUCAUCCCUGUUACAAGCAAGGUUGCAAAGGAUGCGUCAAGGCCCAAUGGUUACCAGAAGUCGCCCUCAACAACAAGCUGCUCCAUCCUUUCCUGGCCGUAUGUCAUUAGGUGGUGGUGCUGGUGCUGGUGCACUAGGCAGUAUUCUUGAACGGAGUAAAGAGCGUGCCUCUAUGGGGCCUUGGAACCCAUUUGCAGAGAACAGACCAGCAGGAUUUGGGGCAUCAUCAGGCAUUUUCAGAAACACUGAGUCCUCAACAGUUUCUUCCACCUCCACUUUGGGAAAGAAAUACACUCCUGUGGCUCCACCAUUUGAAUCUAGGCAAGCAAGCAGUGAUUUGCUGAGAGUGCGUGAGAUGCUGAAGGAAAGAGGAUAUGCAAGUGUGCCUGUAGAGGAUCAACAGCCUCAGACAAGUAGUUUCUCAAGUCGCAGGGAAAGCCUCCUGAAGAGGCAGCCUGCAGUGGCUACAUCAUAUUCCAGUUUUGGAGGGGUUAUGGAGGAGACUCCAGGUGCUGUGCCACAAGAGAGGUUCUUUUCAAGGCCCAGUUUUGUAUCUAGUCUGAGUACCAAUGGACAUGUUAAUGGUGCUGCUCAAGUUGAGCGGGAAUCACUCUUUUCUCGCCAACGCUCUCCAUUAGUCUCGCCUACUCUCCCGAUCUCCCCUACAUUUUCACCUUCACCUACUUUCCCAACAUCUGUGACACAUUCUGCAUCCCCAUCUUUUCCAAUAUCGCCUGUUGGUUCUCAUGUUGAGGAAUCAGAUGUACCAGAUUUUCCACUUUCGAACAAAAGACAAGAAAUAGAAAGUCAGUUUGAAGCACUUGGUGGAACCAUGGAUAGCCAGACUGCAGGUGCACUUGAUAGAAUUAGUCGAGCACGCAAAUUCCUGGAAGAAAGCAAGCGAGCAUCUGAAGCUCGGUUGUCAGUCUCAACAAAAGACAAAUAUCAGAUCAGUAAAAAAUUCUUGGAGAAUGAUAAGGCUGACACUAGCAAAGCUCUUGAUAAUGGGCAGAUUGCUUCUCCUACAGAUUCAAUUCAGUCCCCUGCCAUUGAGAACUUCUCGUCUCAAUUUGUGAGUCCUGUAAGUCCUGUAGAAAGUUCUUAUCAGGACAGCACAGUGAUUGGCACAAAUUCAUUGCCACAAAGUGUUGGAGUGUCUAGGUUUAGCAAUAGAUAUGAGGAGCCUAAUGAAAAUUCUGCAAGGGAUAUCUUUCCACCCCGAUAUGUACCUCUUAAGCAAGACGUAAACCAUUCGGAAACAUCAUUAUUUCGCCCCAUUGAGGCGAACAGAAUUUCCCAAAGGCUUCAGAAUUUACGUGGGUCAACUGAAGAAGAACCAUAUACUUUCAAGAGAGAAGAACACACUGAACAAUCAUCUACCCCCAUAUCUCACACUUUACCUCGCACCAAAGCUUCACAGAAAAAUGUAUCUUCAAAUUCAAAGGAAUCUGCAGAACCUAAAGCACCAAGAGCUGCUGGCUAUGAUAGGCCAACCAAAAGCACUGCUGCUAAAGCAAUGCCAGAAACAAAACCCAAGCCAACCAAAAACCCAGUUAAAAAAACCAGUAAAAAACUACCACAGAUCGCUAUGUUUGAAAAUAUGGGACAACAAAAUAAGCCAGAAGAGAAACCAAUCAAGAAAGGUAGUAGAGGUAAAAAUGUAGAGCCAAGUAGAGAAAAAACUGUCCAAAAGAUGUUGUUUGGUAGAACAGCAUCCAUCUCUGGAGACCAAGCUGAUGGUAGUGAUGUUGUAAGUGAAGAUGGCCGAUCCCUGGACUCUGCAGAGCUUGUCAGCAUAUCUCAGAGGCAUGGUGAUUUUGGCGCUUCUAAAGAUGGAGACAAAGGCUCCAAGUCUGGUACAUCUAGUCCCAGAUCAAAGACACCAAGACCCAAUCGUGCAAGCCCUCAUUCCAGGUUAGGGCGUAGCGGUCCAAGUGACAAGUCCAGUAGAAGUAGUUCAAGUGACAAAUCAGGCCAGUUCAGCCCUGGUUCUAGAAGGAAGAGUGUAGCAGAGUCACCAAGCAAAUCACGCAGCCGCAGAAAUAGUCCAGAACGACCAAGACGUAAAAGCAUAUCUGAACAACGCAGCAGUACCCCACUGGUAAGGCGAAACAGUAUCCGGGCUACAGAUGGCUUAAGGGUUGAGGACAAAGGCACAGUUAGCAGCCGAAACAAAAUGGUUGAUAAAGCACGAUCCAGGUCGAAACCUGAUUUGAGGGACAUUUCAGUUUCUAGAGAUGAAAAGUCACCAUCUAAGCCUGCUUUUAGAAGGUCAAAAAGUGUUGGGAAACAGGAGAACUAUGAUGGGUUCUACAGAUCCCAGACCAAAUUCCCCAAGAAAAGCUAGCCUUUCUU